AUGUUCUAUAUCCCAGAACAACCAAACACAGCCAUCAACAACUCAGACUUCCUUCGUUACUCCUACGGAGGUCUGCCAGAUUUCAACCAGCAGUAUACCCAACAAGGCCACGGUCAUCAGCAGCCUUUCCAGGAGCAGAACCAACAAUAUUUUGAAUCAGAUCACCAACAAUAUCCCCGGAAACGACAGCGGGUUGACUCAACGAACAUGCCGAUAUCUUCCUUGUUCUCGAGGUGCCUUCCUAGCCAGGUCGACGAUGAGAAGUCGCCAGUCUCCGGUGGUGGGUCUGACGGUCAAGAUGACGGCCAAGCGUCUUGUAUAGGCGUCACUGCUUCCCUUCGAAAAUGUCUGGGAAUUGUUGACACACGCCCGACGUUCCCGGGUUUCGAUGCCGCCACAACAGGGUAUCAUGCUAUUCCUUCUACAACCUCCUAUGAUGGUGUGGUACCACGAGCGUACUCGGCGGAUUUGUUGUCCCCAGUGCACAACCAAAUCCCCGAGCAUCCCUUGACGUCAAGCCACGGCCCUCAACAUCCGUUGAUGUUUGGUGCCGAAGAGUCAAAUCAUUCGGCCCACCUGCAGGGCUAUCCUCCUCUUCAGCCAACAAGUCACUUAAGCAGCAACCAGCCUACCACCAGUCCGGACACCAUGGUUUACGCAGCCCAGGAGACGAACCAUGGGUUUCUCAAAUCAGAAGCAAGUCCGACCUUCGUCAAAUCAGAAGGUGCAGACCCUGGAUUUCCCGUGCCCGGGUUCCAGAGCAACGCAGCGCCACUACGUACAGUGGCAGAGACACCUUAUACGCAUUCUGGCAUCACCAGGCCAGAGGAAAACUACGCCCGCCAAGGCGUGGUGGGCUACCAGGCCCCGCCGCCGCACUAUUCCUUUCUACAUGGCUACACCCCCCAUGACGGGCUCAACGCUGAGCAAAUGGACCGCUUCCAGCUAGCUCAACAAGGCAAUGGGUUAGAGGUGGUCAUGCCGAAUCAUAAGCCUCCAAUUACGAAGCGGGGACCUUUCAGGAACCAAGAGAAGCGGAAACAAACUGCGCAUUGCGAGGCCAACACUGACGCCCCUGACGACCACGACGCGCCGUGCGACGGUUGCAGGAAAAUUGGCGCCAAUUCCAAAAUCCACCGGCUACCGUGCAAACGGUGGAAAAUAACCGAGGUCAAGCUCUUCAAGCCGGGCCAGGUCAAGGGACUCGAGUGGACGAGACGGUGGAAAGACACCACGAUGGCGCCUGACAUCUGCCAGUGGGACUCUCCCGAUGUGAAGAUCAUCACGCUGACUGAGGGUUACGCGGACGGUGUUCAGUUGCGGGUUCGUCGGUUUGUCCAGCAGAAUGGCGAUAGGUUACACCGCACCUGGUACGAAAACGGCAAGGAGCAGCGCUGGUACAUAGAGCCGUACGCGCUGGUUGACCUUGAAGGGGCGAGGACGCAAUACGACAACUAUCUGAAGUCAGGGCUGAAUGGGAUGUUGAAGGCGCUGCUUGGGCCAAAGGAGAAGCUGCUGUGGCGGACAUAUGAGCACGCUAUCCGGCGACUUAAGAGGCCGGGGACGCCAGAGGAAGAGAAAGACCUUAUCUCCAAAACUCUCGAUCUAUGGGCAGCUGUCCGCCUGACGACGAAAUCGUUCCAGAUCAUCGGGCAAGAGACGCUCGGAAUCCGACCACUCAAAGGGAACAUUCCCAUCCCACCCGUCAUGGGAGCGCAGCUGGAUUUCAUCCUCCUCAACCAGACGCUGCCCAAGCUUCGAAGGGAGACGUUGGAGUUGUUGCAGACCAUGACGCAGGCGAAGAAGCAGAAGACUUGGCUGACGACGUACCUGGUCACGUUCAUCCUACUACACAACGUGGCCCUUAUCACGGCUCACGACCGCAGCUAUGCCAAGAAGCAUGGCCUUAAAAGCAAUUUUGCCAGGAAGGAUAUGGUCGAGCAGUAUCACUUGGGCGCGAGCAUCUUUUUAGCCUACUAUCAUUAUUGCAACAAAGGCGUGUACCCAUUCUCCACAGAAUGCAAGGAUUCUGACCUGCAGAAUCUGGCUGAGCUGGAUGAAGAGUCGAUCAAUUUUAUUAAAUACACCAGGAAUUACGCCAAGGAGCACAAGGAUCAGUGGGACGAUCUGCAUGAGGCCAAGGACUACGGCAACGACUACUACUUCAUCAGACAGCUGUUCGAGCAGAACUGGACGCCCCAGAACACGAUAGUCGACUAG